AUGUCGUAUGUGUUGACAGAGACCGCAGCAGGCUAUGCUCUGUUGAAGGCCUCGGACAAGAAGAUUUACAAGUCUCAAAGUUUGAUCCAGGAUUUAAACAGCAGCGACAAGGUGUUAAAACAAUUCAAGAUUGCAGCUUUUUCCAAGUUCAGUUCUGCCGCUAAUGCUCUUGAAGAAGCCUCUUCUGUGAUAGACGGUAAGGUUUCUUCUCAGUUGCAGAAGUUGUUGGACGAGACUAAGCAGGAGAAAAAAUCGACUCUGCUUGUUUCGGACACCAAGUUGGCCAAUGCGAUCAACAAGCUGGGACUCAACUGGUCUGUGGUCAGCGACGCUGCUACUCUGGAUAUCUACAGAGCUGUUAGAGAGUAUCUGCCAGAGCUGUUGCCAGGUAUGACCGACAAGGACCUGUCCACCAUGUCUCUUGGUCUUGCCCACUCUAUUGGCAGACACAAGCUUAAGUUCAGUGCCGACAAGGUUGAUGUCAUGAUUGUCCAAGCUAUCGCACUUCUUGACGAUCUCGACAAGGAGCUGAAUACCUACGCUAUGAGAUGUAAAGAAUGGUACGGAUGGCAUUUCCCUGAGCUCGCCAAGAUCAUUGUUGACUCUGUUGCUUUUGCCAGAGUGAUUUUGACCAUGGGAGUUAGAACUAAUGCUGCCUCCACCGAUUUCAGCGAGAUCUUGCCAGAGGAGGCCGAGGCCCAGGUCAAGGCUGCUGCUGAGGUUUCUAUGGGUACUGAGAUCACCGAGGACGACUUGGCAAACAUCAAGGCACUGGCCGAGCAGAUUGUCGAAUUUGCUGCUUAUAGAGAACAACUGUCCAACUACCUUUCGUCGAGAAUGAAGGCCAUUGCUCCUAAUCUCACUUCAUUGGUUGGAGAGCUUGUUGGAGCUAGAUUGAUUGCCCAUGCCGGAUCCAUAAUCUCUCUUGCCAAGGCUCCAGCUUCCACCAUUCAGAUUUUGGGAGCAGAGAAGGCAUUGUUCAGAGCUUUGAAGACCAAGCACGACACACCGAAAUACGGUCUUUUGUACCAUGCAUCGCUGAUCGGACAGGCAUCUGGAAGAAACAAGGGUAAGAUCGCCAGAGUUCUUGCUGCCAAGGCCGCUGUUGCUCUCAGAUACGAUGCUCUUUCCGAGGAGAGAGACGAUUCUGGCGACUACGGACUGUCUGUGAGGGCCAAGGUUGAGUCUAGAUUGAGCGCUUUGGAAGGAAGAGACUUGAGAACCACCAACAUUGUGAAGGAGCAGCAGAAAGUGGACUUGACUCCUGCCAAGGGAUACAACGCCGAUGCUGACACUAUGGACGUUGCUGAUUCCGAUGACGAGGACGAUUCCGACGAGGAGGAGAAGAAGGAGAAGAAGAAGGAGAAGAAAGAGAAGAAAGAGAAGAAAGAGAAGAAAGAAAAGAAGGAGAAGAAGGAUAAGAAAGAAAAGAAGGACAAGAAGGAGAAGAAGCGGAAGAGAGAGGACGACGACGAGAAGAAGUCGAAGAAAGAAAAGAAAGCUAAGAAAUGA